AUGAACGACAACAAUCAUUCCCGUAGAGAUGAUGCUUUUGAUUUAACACUGCACGGAUAUACUAUUAAACCAGCAACAAUUUCUUCACGUUCAUCCAGUGCACGAAGUGAUUCGCAAUCAAAACAAUCAGAAAUUGUCCAUUCACGCCCGCCAAGUGCACGGUUAGAUUGUCAACCAAAAGAACCAGAAACUAUUUCUUCACGACCGCCAAGUGCAAGACUAGAUUCUCAGCCAAACGAGCUAGGAAUUGGUUCACGACCACCAAGUGCCAGAUUAGAUUCUCAGUUAAAAGAGUUAGCAGCUACUUCGUCGCGCCCAUCAAGCGCACGAAGUGAUUCGCAAUGGAAACCCCCAGGAAUUGUUACCUCACGUCCAACAAGUGCAAGAAAUGAUUUAUCAUCAAAAGAACCAUCGAUUAUUUCUGGACGAUCAACCAGUUCAAGAAGUGACUCUCAAUCUAAUGGAUCCCAAACGCCUACCAGAGACGAUAAUACGAAAGAACGUAGACCAAGUUUGACUUCUAGUGUAAAUUUCAGUAGUGCUAGAAAAAGACGACUUAGUAAUAGUAGUCAACGAUCAAUUCCGAUUAAGUCGCCAAUUGCUGAUACUAAAAAAUCGGCAAAUCUAUCAACAUCAUCGACUAUCUUUCGUGUAUUAAGUCCACGCCAACAAGAUGCCGAUGGAUUCUUUACUGAUGAAAGUCAAAAAAAAUCUUUUGAACCUAAACCAGAUGGAGAAGACUGUGAUGAUACACGUCGUUGGAUAGAUGAAAUAAACCAGCUAAAUUCUUCAUUUACUCCACCGCCAGACAACCAUACUGUUGGACCUAUGGGAAUGUCACGUGACAGUCUUAAUGGUACUAUGACAGCGACAGGCGCUAACAUUUUUCAAGCAAAUGAUCAUCGACGUGAUCGAUUUCUACCAAUUGCAGAAUCUUGUCACAGUGAACAAGUGAUACCAACAGGCGUUGAAAAAGCUUCGAUAACUAUUCAACAAGAACCGACCGAUCCAGCAAGACUCGAACAGACAAAUCUUACAGAGUAUGAACAACAGCGAGAAUUACGAACACCUACAGAAACUCAACACGAAAUGAAUAAUAACGGAUUAAACAGUCGUCAAUUAUCAUCAGGUAAUAGUACACCAACAAAUCGUAAAAUAUCCGCAACUUCACCAGUUCCAUUGCUUUCAAAUAUGGACCAAAAAAUCAGAUAUGAGAGUUCAGUGACAUCAUCAUCAUCAUCGUCAUCAUUAACACCAGUACCAAAAGUGAAAUUAGGUGAUGUUUAUGAAUCAUUGAGCAGACUAGAAGAAGUUGAACCAUUUCCUGAACAUACUUCAAUAGAACAUAAUUCAAUCUAUAUCCUUGAUCCAACUUCAAUAGUAGCAUCUCCAUUCAUUGAUGAACUUUCGCCAAGAACUUCGAAUCAUGUUAGUUAUGUAUCAAAUCAUUUUGAUCAAACGAACCAAGACGAUCGAUUAAACGAAAAUGCUCGAUCACAAAAAUCAAGCACACACGAAACAUCAUCGCCUCCGAUAACACGUUUUACAAUUCCAGCUCAAUUCGAUCGACGACAACAAUCAAAAAAAUUAGUUCAAUCAGUUUCUAUACCGCAUCAUCACUCGUCAUCGUCACUCGAUCAACAAACAAGAUAUGCAACGAAAAUAAUAACACCAUAUAAAUCAUUAACAAUGUCUCCAUACGAAACAAAUUAUAAAGAUAAUGAAUUUCAAAAUAGUAAUAAAACAACACAUGACGCCGCUAGAGAAAAAAGACUUCCGUAUAGAGUAGACUACGAAGAAAAACAACGGCAAUCAACAAUCGUUCAGCCACGAAUGAAUCAACAACACGAGCCAAGUUUUCAUCUCAGGAAUAAUUUGGAGCAGGAUUUUGAUUUUGAUUUUCAAAGACAAAAAGAUGAAUACGAAUCUAUUAUACAACGUCAUUUAAAAUUUAUUGAUCAGUUAAUUGAUGAUAAGAAAAAACUAUCGCAUCGCUGUGAACUUUUACUAUACGAAUUAAAAACAAUCGAUAAAAAAUAUAACAGUCGAAUUCGGUCCAUUGAAGAAUCUCAUUGUGGUGAAUUACAAAAAUUAAAAGAUGUUCACGAAGCAGCUGAAAAGUUACGGCGCGAGCGUUGGAUUGAAGAAAAAACAAAGAAAAUAAAAGAGUUAACAGUACGCGGUUUAGAACCUGAGAUUCAAAAAUUAAUUAGUAAACAUAAAAAUGAAUUAUCAAAAAUGAAAACUGUUCAUGAAGCUGAACUUAUGGCCGCUGAUGAACGUGCUUCACAACGAUAUAUUCGAAUGGUUGAUGAAUUACGCGAUCAAUUACAACGAGAAAAAGACGUAGCGAUUGCUGACGAACGUGAAUUAGCUCGAGACAAAUAUGAAAAAUCUUUACGUGAUGAAGUAGACAAUUUAAAUGAGCAAAGACGUCGACUUUACACAGAGAUUGAAGAAGAAAAAAGUCAACAAUCUGAAUUAGUAGCUAAACAACAUGCUGAUCUUGAGAAACUUCGACGUGAUAUUGAAGAAAAUCAUCGAUCAGUUGUUGAAUCAAGUAAACUUGAACAUGAAGCUAUACGUUUAGAACAGGAACAUCGACAUAGUAAUGAAAUUCAAGAAUUAAAAGAUAGGUUAACAUUGGAGAAACAAAAUUGGGAAGAAAAUUUAAUGAAACAACAAGAAACACUCUUAGCAGGUAAAGAGCGAGAAUUACGAGAGCAAAUGAAACACGAAAGAGAUAAAGAAAUUGAAAAAAUUAUUUCGCAAUUUGAAUCCGAUACAACAACAACGAAAGAAGAAACGGAACGAACAGCAGAGAGUCGUGUGAAACGUAUUCGAGAUAAAUAUGAAGCCGAAUUUCAUGAAUUAGAAAAUUCCGAAAAACAAACAAGAGAACGAUUUAAUCAAAUUAAAGCACAAAUGACAGAAUUUCAAGGCGAUAACGAACGAUUACAAGUAUUGCUUACACAAAAGGAAACUGAAAUCAAUGAUAUCAAAAAGAUCACUGAAACAUUACAACAAGAACGUGAUCGUUUAUCAGAUAUUAUUCGGCAGGAAUUUGCUGAUCGGCUUGUAUUAACAGAAGAUGAAAAUCGUCGAGUAAAAGGUGAAAUAGCAGAGUUACGUGCUCGGCAACAAUUAGAAUUAGAAAAGAAAAACGAAGAACUUGAAGCAUUGAAACGACGGCAAGAUAAAGAAUUACAAGCUUUGCACGAAAAAAUCAAACAAGCAAUUUCGAAAAAAGAUGAACAAGUACGCGGAUUACAUGUUCAAUACGAAACUGCUGUUAAACGAGUUGAACAUCUUGAAGGCUUAUUAGCACAACAAAGAAAAUUAAUUGCAACAAUACCUUCCAGUGGUAGUAGUGCAUCGAGAAAAUUACAGCCUUCAUAA